UUCACACCUUGUGUAUUCUUCAUCCUCCUCAUUUCACAAACGAAAUUAGAAAAAAAAAAAAAAAAAUCCGAAAUAGAUCAAUCGUAUUUGUAAAAACGAUGACAAAGGAAUUCACGGUGCCACCUGUGAUCUUUCCCGCUGGGGGCAAUCCUUCUGCCACCAGCAACAUCAACCAACGCCAAGUCCCAACGGCCCCGUUUCAGCCCAAUCGCGCUGCCAGCUCUUCUAUCCCUUUUAUGUCAUUUGAUAUCGGUUCCGCCUCCGCAUUUGCAUCGUACGGUGGUUCUAUUGCCUCGUCGACAUCGUCCCUUGGUGGCCCAGCUUCAUUUGAUGACGAAGAACCUCUUCUGGACGAGCUUGGCAUCCACCCUGAUCAAAUCUGGAAAAAAACCAAAUCGAUUUUAAAUCCAUUUCGAGUGAAUCCCACUGUCCAUAAAGACUCCGAUCUUUCAGGCCCAAUUUUUCUCUACCUUUCUUUUGGUCUCUUUCAACUCCUGGCCGGAAAGCUCCAAUUCGGCGUUAUUCUUGGAUGGAUUGUGGUUUCGUCAAUCUUUUUGUACGUCGUUUUCAAUAUGUUAGCUGGACGAAAUGGGAAUCUCGACCUGCACACGUGUACUAGUGUGAUUGGCUACUGUAUGCUUCCGGUGGUGAUCCUAGCGGCAUUGUCCUUGUUCUUGCCUCAGGGCGGGCUUGUUCGACUGGUGGUGGCUGCAGUUUUUGUUCUUUGGGCUACAAGGGUUUCAACCAAUCUGAUGGUUUCACUCGCUGAUGGAGGAGAGGAACAUCGAGGAUUGAUUGCGUAUGCCUGUUUCUUGAUUUACACUCUUUUUUCGCUUCUUGUUAUAUUUUAACUUCAAUACAGUGAGUAAUUGAUUGGUAUUGAAUGGAACUGAAUUUUGUAUUCAAAGUAGAGAAUUUCUGGAAGCUGUAGCUGUAUAUGAAUCUCUUUUGAUAUGGUAUUGAAUUGAACUAUCUUUAGAGUUAAUA